AUGGCACACGCCAAAUUAAGAGAAGAACUUGACGCUAUUUCAGACGACCCUAUUCUCCUAAAAGACAUUUCCUUGGUGAGUUUGUUUCUGCUACUCGAUGUAUUUUUUAGUUGCCAAAGAAUUACACUUUUGAAAUUCCUAAAACAAUAUGGAAGAUAAGGACAACAGGAUCAAAAUAUGUGGCGUUGCAGCUACCAGAGGGUUUGCUGCUGUAUGCAUGUAUCAUAAGUGAUAUAUUGACGAAACACACGGGAUGUGAAGUUUUCAUCAUGGGUGAUGUUACUUAUGGUGCCUGUUGUGUUGAUGAUUAUACUGCCCGUGCAUUGGGAUGCACUUUGUUAGUUCAUUAUGGUCAUAGUUGCCUCGUUCCCAUUCAAGACACACAGGGAAUACAUCUGUUGUAUAUAUUUGUGAAUAUAAACAUCAAUCUCAGUCACGCCAUUGACUCGGUGGUGGCCAAUGUUGAGAAGGAAAAGAAGAUGGCAUUAGUGAGCACUGUGCAGUUUGUUACUUCAUUGAAUGUAUGUUUAGAGAUUUAAUUUAAAGUUGUUGUUCAGGCGUUAAAAAAGCAGUUAGAAUCGAUGAACUUCUCUGUUUAUGUCCCUCAAUGCAGUCCUCUAAGCCCUGGUGAAAUUCUUGGAUGUACUUCUCCGAAGCUUUCUGAGGAUACUGAUUACAUCCUGUAAGCAACUUUCUUGUGUAUUAUGGCUUCAGAUAUGUUGGAGAUGGAAGGUUCCACUUGGAAUCAAUUAUGAUUCAAAACCCUAGGAUCAAAGCACUUCAAUAUAACCCUUACAGUAGGAUAUUAUCUGCAGAAGAAUAUGGAUUUGAUAUGAUGUUAGAGCGAAGGAAAGAAGCCGUUCGCAUUGCCCGAUUAUCCAAAGUUUUUGGGAUUAUUCAGGGAACUUUAGGACGUCAGGGAAAUGCCAAAAUCUUUAAUGAUAUGGAAAACAAGCUGAAGGAGAAAGACCUCAAGUUCGUCAGAAUCCUGAUGUCAGAAAUCUUUUCCCCAAAGCUCAAGUUGUUUAAUCAGGUAGAAUGGUAAGGUAGUGCUCGUUUAAGAAAGGUUAUUUUUAGCUGGGCCCAAGUCGCUUGUCCUCGUUUGUCAAUUGAUUGGGGUAUGUCGUUUGAAAGGCCUCUUCUUACACCAUUCGAACUUUCAUGGGCGUUGAAUUACGUUGAAGUAGCUGACAAAACAUACCCCAUGGAUUUCUAUGCCUUUGACUCCUUGGGUCCAUGGACUAACAACCACUCCACCUACCGGCCUCAACGAGCGCGACGCCGCCGCAUCCCACUCAGCUGA